AUGGAGUGGUUGGUGUAUUGCAUAGUUUUAGAGAUUGGAUUUCACUCAAACCAACCAAAUGACUCCUCCCACCAUAUUAUGAUGUUCCCCAAGUUUUGGACUCAAUCCGAUAUCGAUUGGUCCCUUGAAAUCGGCCAAUUCAGGUUUGUAGGAAGUUCGUUCAGAAAUGGAGUGGAUGAAUUGCAAAAACAAGUGGCUGAAGGCAGUCUGAGUUUAUCUGGCAGUAAUGAUGUGUUGACCUUGGCUUUGGGUCCCGAGCAUCCAGGGAGAGUAAGAGGGGUAGGUGUUGGGAUUUCCCCUAGGCAAUUCUUCAAUUUACCUAGACCACAGAGGGUAAAGUUUGCUGAUCAAUUGAAGGAAAGUGUAAGAAUUGUCCUUCAAGAAGAGACUAAGAAGAUGGAAGCUAGAACCAAACAAUUAGUAGAGGCUGAGAGGGAACAUUUACUAAGUCAGCUUUCCCACCUCAUCCCCAAUUUUGAUCCAAGCAUGCUUAAACCGAAAACUAGCCCUUGUCAAAACCAAGGUCUACAGCAAAGUCCCAAAAAUCCAAUGUCUGAUAAAGCAAGCUGUUCUGGGGCUGAAGUGAGAUCCCUACAUUUAGAGGAUGAUACUGCCAGAAAUGGGGAACAGCAGGAAGAAACGAAAUCUGGGGCUUUAGAUAAUCAAGAUGAAGAGAAGAAAGAAGAAAAUAAAGAUGAACAGAAGAUGGGAGAAAAAAAAGAUGAAGGGAAGAAGGAAGAAAAAAAAGAGAAAAAAGAUGAAGGCAAAAAGGAAGACACAAAUGAUGAAGAGAAGAAAGAAGAAAAACAAGAUGAAGAAAAGCAUGACGAGGAGGGUAAUGAAGUAGUUGAUUAUUCAAAUGUGGAGGUGCCAUCUUCCUUACAAUCCCUUUGUGGUUAUGUGGAAACUACACUAAAGCCACAGGGGAAGAUCAUGACCUUCAACAUUGAGAAGGAGGUGUUUGGUGCAGAUCAAAGUACCUUCGUCUUGCAUGAAGAAAUUACACAGUUUGCAGGCAUGGAAGAAAUUGGGGCUACUGUGGUUGCAGUAUUUAUGAGGUGCUUAUAUGAUCUUUUGAGAGAAGCAAAUAUGUGCAGCAUGGUUGGCUUUAUCGACCCUGCUCAAGUUAGUGCCAACGCUGGGUCACUAACUGACAGAUCACGAAUUGUAGCCAGUCGACUUCAGAAAACAGAUGGUGAACAGAUUUUCAUGAUGCCUUACAAUCCAGGCCGUCAUUGGGUCUUGCUGAUUGUGAGGGCAAAGAGGGAAACCGUCUAUUUUCUGGAUCCUCUGCCUGGAAAUCGUGUGGUUGAUGAGGAGGGCAAAAACAUCGUGAACAGUGCUUUAAAAAUUUAUAAUUCCCACAUAGGCAGACCAGGCCGUAAAGCACCAAUUUGGAAAACUCUGCCAGGCACACCAAAGCAACCCAGCAGUGUCGAAUGCGGGUAUUAUGUGAUGCGCUUCAUGAGGGACAUCAUCAUGGAUCCUUCCUUGGAGUUUGAGAAGAAGUUUGCCAAGGGAAAAGAUCAAGCGCCAUACCCCCAAGCAGCCAUUGAUGAAGUCAGGAAAGAAUGGGCAGAGUUUGUUUGCCUUCAUAUGGAUUAG